UAUUUGAAUACAAUUAAGUGUGAAAUCAAAGCGGUGUUGAAGGAAAAAAAAAAAACACCGAAUAGUAAUAUAAAACAACCACAAAACUAUAAAAAAAAACUUUGGAAAACUUAGCUGAAGCAUAAUUUUUUUUUAUUUAUUACUAAAAAUGUCGCGCUUUCUUCAAGUCCUCCUCGCCGCCGUAUUAGUCUGCAGCGCUACGCAUGCGCGACAGUUACGCAACAACCACUACUCAGCGCGCAUCGAAGAGGCUCCCGAUAAUGCGGACGGUGGGGUAGUAGCUGUUGUGAAGCAAGUGUAUCCUACGCCUUACCCAGCUGCAGGCUAUAGACCUGGACGCGCAUUCAAUUUGCCUGGUGAAGAUGAGGAAGCUGCAGAAGAUGGCGUGCAGGAGGAAGAAGGCUCCGGGCUAGCCACUACCACAACUAAGCUACCAGAGGAUUUACUCGCCACCACAAUUACGGAGGCCAUAGACACAGAAACCACAACACUAUAUAACUGGGUGGCGGCUGAGAUUUCCAGUGACGAGCAGGGACGCGCUGUUAAGGCGCCCUAUCCAGCCGCCGGUUGGCGUCCAAGUCGCGCAUUUCUGUUGCCCACCGAAGUGAAAGCCGCGCAAGAGGCCGAAGCAGCGGCAGCGGUUACGCAAAACGAUAGCGAUGUGGUUGAUGCGCUUCCCACCAGCACCGCAACACCGCUCGCACCUUUUACCACUCAACUUUCUAUGCUCGACGAAACUGCAACGGAGGUGGACGCAGAUAAUGCUGUUGUCCCCGCAGCGCCUCAAUCGGCAGUUUCGCGACGCUCCAAAGCACCGUAUCCACCCUCCGGUUGGCGCCCGAAUCGCGCUUUUCUGCUGCCCACGGAGGUGAAGGUUUCCGCUAAUCAAGAAUCAGCCCUAUCCGUGAAUGAGCCCGAAGCUGAAUCACCUGUAUCGCCAGCGGACAAAGCUGGACAUCCCGCUUGUGGUGUGAGCGAUAAUCCGGUAGCGCCGAAGCCUGAGGAGGGUGCCAAAGAGAAUCCGGAUGCCGAACGUGUUUAUGUCACAGCGAAUCUGGGUCCAGCCGUGGUGAAUUCACCGCUCACAUUGCCUGUGCUGUUGCGCUCAGAGCGGCUCAUCUCGCCGCCGAUUUAUGUGCCGGCCGGUCGUUCCUUCGCCUACUCCGCCACGGUGCAGAGUUGGCGCUAAGGUGCUUAGCUAAUAAAUCUUUGUAAUUAUGAAGAAUGUAAAUAAUAUAUAUUUUUAAGGCUGAUCUUUUUUAUAUACAUAAAUACGAGUUAUAUACCCACAGAAAACUAAA